AUGUUUACGAACACGCUGCGACUCGCGCUCGCUGCGCUUUGCGCCAGCACCGUCCUCGCUGUCCCAUCCCUCGAGGCCAGAGGUGCGGAUUUUGUCAACCCGAAAACUGGCAACCGCUUCCAGAUCCUCGGUGUCGCGUAUCAACCUGGAGGAGAAUCAGGAUACAAGCCGGAGUCAGGAGUUGAUGCGCUGGCUGAUGGGGAGGUGUGCUUGAGAGAUGCUGCUCUCAUGCAACGCUUAGGGAUUAAUGCUAUCCGCGUCUACAACCUUUCUCCUGAAAUCAAUCACGAUGCGUGCGCCUCUAUCUUCAAUGCGGUCGGCAUCUAUAUGCUUAUUGAUGUCAAUUCCCCCAAGAUAGGCGAAUCCUUACAUCGUGAGGAGCCAUGGACAACCUAUACUCCCAGCUACCUGAACCGAACUUUUGCUGUCGUAGAAGCCUUCAAGAACUACCCAAAUACUUUGCUUUUCUUUUCUGGAAACGAGGUUAUCAAUGACCUUAAAACUGGCGACGUCAUCCCCCCUUACAUUAGGGCUGUCACCAGAGACCUUAAGAACUAUGUUGCGAAGCACUCCACUCGGCCUAUUCCUGUGGGAUAUAGCGCAGCCGAUGUCCGGGAAUUCCUCAUCGACACGUGGAACUAUCUCCGCUGCACUACCACUGCCGACGCAUCGGAUCCAUCCAUUGCUGAUAUCUUUGCUCUCAACAGCUACUCGUGGUGUGGCGACUCAUCGUUCAAGACUUCGUCCUACGACACUCUUGUUGCUGAUUUUAAGGGGACUAACGUUCCGAUUUUCUUCUCCGAAUACGGAUGCAACGAACCAACCCCCCGCAUUUUCACAGAGGUCCCCGUCUUAUAUGGCCCAUUGAUGACUCCUGUUCUCUCGGGUGGCUUGGUCUACGAGUAUUCUCAGGAAAAAUCAAACUACGGUCUAGUAACCAUCAACACGGAUGGUUCUGCUAAGCUGCUCGCUGAUUACGAUACUCUACAAAAACAGUAUAACACGCUUAAUGUUACAGCUCUCCAGGGUGUUAAGGCAGUAAAUUCCACGAUAACGCCGCCCAAGUGCCAAUCAUCGAUCAUCAAGGAGAAAGGCUUCAGCAACAACUUCACGAUUCCAGCAAUCCUUAAAGAAGCACAAGUCUUUGUUGAUAACGGUGUCAAGCUCUCCUACACCCCCAAAUUAAUCCCUGUGACAACUACGAAAGUCAGCCAGGUUGUGAAGCAAUCUGAUGGCACAACUAUUGAAGGGUUGAGCAUCACCGUCCUAGCCGAUGAUGAGAGCAACACUCCAAGUGGGCAAAAGCCAUCAUCCUCAGGCUCGUCUACAUCCUCAUCCUCAUCCUCAGCCGCCUCACCUACAGCAAGCAAGAAGAGUGGUGCUGGAAGUGUGCAGGCUAGCAUGGGUGCUUUGACUGUUGUCGGUCUACUUUUUGCAGCGCUCCUUUAG